GGCACAAUCAAAUUGCAAAGUGCAGUUUUUAGGCAGAGCUGUCCGUGGGACUGACGCACCAUAAAAGGUUAUACGGAGAGUUAUCUCCCUGCUAUGCAUUAAGGGUAUAAAUAACCCUGGGAACGUUGUAUGUGUGUUGUGAUCAACUGAUUCUGCCAACUUUUAUCUGGCAUGGCGGAUAACGUUCAUCAAAAUGAGUUUUGACAUUGAAUAUGCUGCGAACUUCUGGAAUAACGGUUCCGCGGAGGUGUCCUCGGUGGCGCAGGCCCCAGCAACGUUGCUGGAGUCUGGGAAUAGCUCCAACCGUUCCACCGUUGCGAGCCCACUGAACCUCACACGCGCCGUGCCUGUGGGUAUGAUCCUUGGUGCUUUCAUAGUGUUUGCUAUCGUGGGGAAUAUCCUCGUGAUCCUGUCCGUUGUGUGCAACAGACAUUUGCGCAUACCGACCAACUACUUCAUCAUCAACCUGGCCAUAGCUGAUCUGCUCCUGGGGACCACGGUGCUCCCUGUGUCCGCCACCCUGGAGAUCCUGGAUUACUGGGUGUUUGGACGGAUCUUCUGUGACAUUUGGGCCGCGGUGGACGUGCUUUGCUGCUCCGCGUCCAUCAUGAGCCUGUGCGUCAUCUCCAUAGACCGCUACAUCGGGGUGCGCUAUCCGCUGCAGUACCCCAGCAUAGUGACGGAGAAGCGGGCCUUGCUGGCCAUGCUCGGGGUCUGGGUCCUGGCCACCGUUAUCUCCAUCGGACCGCUGCUCGGUUGGAAGCAACCACCGUCCGAGGACGACACCGUUUGCCCAAUCACCGAGGAACCUUUUUACGCGCUCUUCUCUUCACUCGGAUCCUUCUACAUUCCCCUCGCGGUAAUUCUGGCCAUGUACUGCCGCGUAUACAUCGUAGCCAAACGGACUACUAAAAACCUGGAGGCGGGAGUUAUGAAAGAGCGCACGGAUUCCAAUGAGUUUACGCUCCGGAUACACUGCAAGGGCGCGAGACUGCAGGAGUACUGCGGGACGGGAAAGGGACAGGCGCGAAGCACGCUGACCGUCAAGUUUCUCAAGUUCUCCCGGGAGAAGAAAGCUGCUAAGACGCUCGGUGUCGUGGUGGGCAUGUUCAUCCUCUGUUGGCUGCCGUUCUUCCUCGCGCUGCCCAUCGGUUCUUUCAAUGCAAACCUGAGGCCCCCCAAAACCUUCUUUAAGGUGAUCUUCUGGCUGGGCUACUUCAACAGCUGUCUGAACCCCAUCAUCUACCCCUGCUACAGCCGUGAGUUCAAGCUGGCGUUCAUCCGCAUCCUGCGCUGCCAGUGUCACCAUAAGAGGAAGCAGGGCUGGCGAGCCUAUUACAACUACCGGCCCCACCUAGGCUCCGCCUCCAACCAAGCGUACCUGAACGGCAGCCUGCAAACCCUGUCCUCCAUCACCCCCUCCCCCCGCUGUGUCAGCCGGGCUGGUGGGGGGGCCGGAGGAGGCACCGGAGGGGGUACGAACCUGGAGCCUGGCUGGGGCAGCGGGUCCAUGCUGUCAGCCCUCUCCCAGCCCGGGAGACCCUUCUCUGGGCAGAUGCUGGCGCUGCCAGGGUCCGGGAGCCGGGGGGGGCUCGGACUUGGUAGGGUAAACCCGGUGAUACCACUGCCCCGGGAGCUGGUGUCAGUCCACGUUAAUGGGCAGAGCGGGAAUGGAGAUGUGGAGCAGCACGGAGAAGAUGGUAGAGCCACACCCGAGAGCCUGAUGUAA